CACGGGUCCCACUCAGUCAACUUAUAAGACGUUUCGGAUUCUCUUCCUCUUCAAAGAGACACGCAUAGUGUGUUUGUGAGAGAGAAUAGCAAUGGACGGUCGUUAUGGUGGCCUCGAUGGCGGAGGCUGCGGCGGUGCGAACCAUUGCAUGGCCGAGUUUGUGGACCAAGGUAGCGUAGAGAGUCGUAGGUAUUACCUCUCUCGGAGGACGGUUCUGGAAAUGCUACGAGACCGAGGCUAUGAUGUGGCUGACUCAGAGGUUACUCGCUCGCUCGCCGAGUUCCGUGUCGAGUUCGGUGACAAACCUGACCUCGAACGCCUCCGUAUCUCCGCCUCUCUGCGCUCUAAUCAGCACAAAAAGAUACUGGUUGUCUUCCUGGGGUCAGAUGAGAUCAGAACGGCAGCUAUACGUGGUCUUCUUAGCCAUAUUCCAAACAAAGAAAGUUUACAUGGGUUGAUGCUCAUCGUGCAAAGCAAAAUGAACCAUUUUGCACGAAAAGAGUUGGAUAAAUUGCAAUGUAAAGUUGAGAUUUUUCAAAUCACUGAAUUGCUGUUGAAUAUCACCAAGCAUGUUAUACAGCCAACGCAUGAGAUAUUGACUGCUGAACUGAAGCAACAGCUGUUGAACAAGUAUAAGACUGAAGACAAGCAGUUGCCAAGGAUGCUAGAAACUGAUGCUAUUGCACGAUAUUAUGGAUUGGAGAAGGGGCAGGUGGUGAAAAUUACUUACGGCGGUGGACUUGUUGAUUCCCUUGUCAGUUACCGUUGUGUUAAAUGAUGCUUUGAUGUUGUGCACUACCUUUAGCGGCGAUGGCAUUUUACCAUUUAUGGUAUUAUUAGAUAUUAGAUACAGUGACAGUAGAUCACUAAGGGAAUGAGUGCAGAGUUGAAUAUUUCAUAAUUCACAGGUUCCUUAUUUGCCUGCACCCUGAUAUGAUAAGAUUGUUGAAUUUUGCUUUAAA